AUGGCAGACUGGUCGAUCGAUUAUGCGUCAAUAAAUCCCAUCAAAAAAAAGUCAAACAUUGCCAACCCCGUUGGAUUUGAACAGGGCGCUCUUUCGAAUGCCAAAGCUGGAUCAAAAUCGACACGACAAUCUACAGCGCAAGAAACACAUAAUGAUACUGCAUUAAAGAUCCGGAGAGCUUGGGAUGUUGCAUGGAGCCCGGCCAAGAGUAUACCCAUGAAUGCAUUCAUGCUUUAUAUGACCGGAAACGGUGUGCAAAUUUUUAGUGUCAUGAUUACCGCCAUGUUGUUCUUCCAGCCUGCCAAAGCGAUCAUGUCCCUUCAACAAAACUUUGCACGCUUCGAAUCCAAAGAAACUGCCACUGAGCUGAUUGUACCUAAAUUGGUCUUUUUGGGCUUGCAUAUAUUAACCAUGUUACUCGGUGUUUAUAAGGUCAAUGCUAUGGGAUUGUUGCCUACUACAACAUCGGAUUGGUUAGCAUUCUUGCCUCAUAAACAGGUUCUCGAAUACGUUGCAUUAUAA